AUGUUUUUCCUACACAACUCCCGAGCCUUUCUUUUCCUAUUACUCGCAGUCUGCACUUCAAUCAGCUCCAUCAAUUCCCUGUUGCCAACUUACAAUGAUCACUCUUGCUUGAAUCGACCUAACCAAAUCGCCAUCUCGUCUUACAUCUCAAACCAAAGCCUCGCAACCCUUUUGGAUUCUUUAUCCACUAAAGCUUCCCAAAGCAACAGCUUCUACAACGAUUCCAAUGGUGGCAUCUACGGUCUCUUCCUCUGCCGAGGUGAUGUUUCUAAUGACACCUGCCGAGAUUGUGUCAAUUAUGCGACUAAAGAGAUCCGAAGUCGGUGUGAAUUCAAUGUAUUGGCUGGAAAUCGCAGUGCCAUCAUAUGGUAUGAUGAAUGCAUGUUACGAUAUUCGGAUAGUAAUUUCUUUGGAGAGGUACAGACAGAGCCAAAGGAAUUCAUGUGGAAUGCCGAGAAUACAACCUCAGGAGUUGACCCUUAUUAUGGUGCAAAACAUACCAUUUACGCUCUCCUAGAUGCAGCUGUAGAAACAGAUCAUAUGUUGUUCAAGGCUGAUAAGAAGGCAGUGGGCGAUGGGACUCAGCUAAGAUAUGGGUUGGUGCAGUGCACUAGAGAUCUCAAUGCAACUACAUGCCGCAAAUGUUUUAAUUACUUGAUGACUUACUUCGAGCAAUUACAAAACAGGAUAGGGUGGCGCAUUUUAGCCCCAAGUUGCAGUAUUAGGUAUGAGAACUACCGUUUCUUUGAUCUCCAGUCAGAAGCAACGCAGCCCCCACCUCCACCUCCAACUCCACCUGCACCUGGUGUCUCUAGAGCACUGUCACCGUAA